AUCGUCCCCCGGCCUCCCUGUAUGUGAGAGACGGGGCCGGCGUCUCGGACGGAGCCGGGCCGCGGGAGAGCGCUUCCUUCCCACCGCCCGCACCGCCGUGCGCGGCAGCCCCAGCAUGGAAGCCAUCGCCAAGUACGACUUCAAAGCCACUGCGGAUGACGAGCUGAGCUUCAAACGGGGGGAUAUCCUUAAGGUUUUGAACGAAGAAUGCGAUCAGAAUUGGUACAAGGCAGAACUCAAUGGCAAAGACGGCUUCAUUCCCAAGAACUACAUAGAAAUGAAACCACAUCCGUGGUUUUUUGGAAAGAUCCCCCGAGCGAAGGCUGAAGAGAUGUUAGGCAAACAGAGACACGAUGGUGCCUUCCUCAUCAGGGAAAGCGAGAGCGCUCCUGGGGACUUCUCCCUCUCAGUCAAGUUUGGAAAUGAUGUGCAGCACUUCAAGGUGCUUAGAGAUGGGGCUGGCAAGUAUUUCCUCUGGGUGGUGAAGUUCAAUUCUUUGAACGAGCUGGUAGAUUAUCACAGAUCCACAUCUGUCUCCAGGAACCAGCAAAUAUUUCUCCGGGACAUUGAACAGGUGCCACAGCAACCAACAUACGUUCAGGCCCUGUUUGAUUUUGAUCCCCAGGAGGAAGGAGAGCUGGGCUUCCGUCGUGGAGACUUUAUCCAAGUCCUUGACAAUUCUGACCCCAACUGGUGGAAGGGAGCCUGCCACGGACAGACGGGCAUGUUUCCACGCAACUAUGUGACCCCAGUGAACCGGAACAUCUAGAGAUAAAUAUUAGAGAUUAUUUAAAGAAGCCAGAGAAACAGUAAAUACACAUACAGAGCCUAUCUGCAGCCAGUGACCUAAAAUCACACGGCGAUAAAACCUGAGUCGCCUUUCACCAUGAGGUGAUCCUCCUUCACUCAGUACGGAACUUCAGGGGCGGGGGGGGAAGAGUUCAACUUACACACCAAAACUUAUCUU